GGUUUUACAGAAUUUCUGGGUGGUCGUCAGUGAAUCUCCCUAGUUUUGUAUCCGCCUCUGCGCCGCCGCCGUCGCCGGCCUCGUCUCCGGCGAGCCCCACUCCCUCCCUCAGAAUGCCAUCCCCGUACCUCCUCCCGCCGCCUCUAUCUCUCCCCUGGCGCCUCGCCUCAUCCCCCUUCCGCCGCAACUCACCCCCGUCCCCCAUCAGAACCCCAUCACCGAUCCCCACGCCCCGUCUCACCCUCCGCGCUCUCCAUGCUCGCGCCAGCGGCGGCGGCGGCGGCGACGGGUUAUUACGCGGCGCGGCGGGAGACGGCGGCGGGCGCGUCAUCCCGAUCGCGCGGUGCUACGAGGGCGCCCUCGCGCGGCUCGAGGUCUCCGGCGGCGCGCGGCGGGAGCAGGCGGUCGCGGCGGCGGCGGCGGCCGAUGGCGGGAAGGCGGCGGAGGCGCACCUCGAGGCUGGAUCCGGGGCCAUGGUUAUCGAGGCCUUCCUCCCCGGAGCUGCCGCCGGCGGAGGCGCUGCGUCCACUCGUGUGAUUUUGCAAGCCAUGGAAGUAAAAGAGAAGGCCAGUAAGAUAAAGAAAGACUUCGGUGCUGAUUUUUUCUCUGAAAAUGAGCCUGAUUCCGAGAGUAUGCUGGCUAUGGCCCUGAAGCAAGUUGUAAUGGAGCAGCUGUCAGAUUUUCGUGUAGAAAUCUUCUCCCCUGGUUCAGAGAGAGACUUCCAAGAUCGGAGCAAACCCCAAAAGGUCCCCGUGGAUUUUAGCAUCAGUUCAUCAGAUGGAAAACUUCUGUCUGCUCUUGCUGAAGCCAUAUUCUCCUGUGUCGUUGAGGACGUUGAAAAGAAUUUCCUUGGGCGCACAGGCAGUUUGUUUCAAAUGCGGAAGCUGAACUGCUCAUACGAUUCCACUGUUUGUAUACACAGAAUUUCUGAGGCAGAAAUAGCAAAUAACGCCAGGAGAUGCUUGGAGAGUUUUAAUCUUGUCAAGUCUUCUCAUGAAGUGGGCAUAGCAAAGAAGGCAUGGUGGCCAGCUCCAAAAUACGAAAGGUUGGCGGACAUUGGGGGACCUGAUUUUAUCCUUUGGGCCCAUGAGUUUGUUCCUUCUUAUAAACUGCAAAUUAAUGCUAAAGCAUUUGAGGAUACCAAGCUUGCAGGCUGGCAUGAGCUAGCAAAUAAUAGGCAGGAAAUUCUCAUAUCCCACCUCCAACUGGUGGAACUAGGGAAUGUACUAGACAUGUAUUUUGAAGAUCAGUUCACAUUGCCUGGCAAAACUUUCCAUUCUCACUGGAAUGCAGAACCAUCAAAGAUUAAAAGCAACAAUGUUUAUUUGAAUAACCUCUUUGUUUUAUUGGCGGGUAGCUGUGUUAUUCUUACUGUUGGCAUCAUUGCUCAGUUAUGCUGGCCCCAGACUCUUAAAGACAAAAGAUUUUUCAUUGGCAGUUCAAGCCCCUCAUCAUCACAGAAGUAUUGCUCUGAUAUCCAUUCACUGGAUAACAGUGAGGUACAAGAUUAUUGCAUAUCUGUCAUUGAGAAAAUAAAAGAUUCAUGUGGCUGCCCUGGGGAUAUAGUGGUUGAUGAAAAGAUUGGUGCUUGGGUUGGAGAACUGCCUGACUGCCUCAAGGCCAUCAACCGUGAGGAUGGUGCUGCUUCUGAUGAUGUUCAGUAUUCCCAUACUGAACAAAACGACUUGGUGUCAACUCCCACUAAGAUAACUUCUAAUCUAGAACAAAAAGAUAAUACCCAGGAAAUUCUGCUGAACAUUGCUAGUUUUCAGGUUGUCAUGUCAGAAGAAGGUAAGCUAGUGGGUUUUCAGCCAACCAGCCGCCUAGCUGUGAACCAUUGGGCAACAAAUCCGCUAGCAGCAUUGCUAUAUGACGGGCGAAAGCUUUCCCCAGCCUUUCUGGAGCCUAGGCUUAAAAUUCCCCGUCCUUCUAAGGUUGUCCCAAUUGAAUUGUUAAUGUCGGUAAAUUCAGAAACUUUUUUUGCUUUGGCGAGACCUGUUCAACAUCCUUGCUAAGUUGCUAACAGAGACUCUGACUACAGUGGCCUCCGGCAGCACCUCCCCAUUUUCCUGCUGAAAGCCAAUCGUGCUGUGGCAUUAGGUCGCCACCUUCUCCUCCCACAGAUGGCUGCCACCGCCUUUCCACGAGUUGGAGUCUGGGAUUUUGACACCGGUCAGUUCCCGCACAACGUUGCCGCCUCCCCUGCACAUUGCCGCCGGGAGACUGAGACGACUCAGUUGGCCUGUACUUCUCGGUUGCCACAACUGCAGACGGUCACUGCCCUUGUUUUGUGGAACUGGACGGUGUGGGUUGCUAUCAUCAGCAGCGACUCCCCUCGCCUUCGCAUUCCUCUUGCAGAAUUUCGAGAGGGGAGGAAGUGAAAUACUAGAAGGUGUGAUCCUAUGACAGUAGUUGGUCUGGAGAUAGAUGCUAGCCAGGCCCGGGAAGGUUAGUUCACUUACUACACACAUGGAGUGACAAAUGGCUGGAGGGUUGCAUGCUCUACAAUGCCAUUCUGGAGUCUGGGAAGAAAUGUUUGGAAUCGAUUGGUCAAUGCUCUAUGUCAAGAGUAUGCAGCUUGGGGUAAAACAUGGAAUCCGUCCUUGUCCUCCAGAGGGCUGGCGAAGCCCAAAGAGAUCCGUCGAGCAAAGCUGCAGAAGAUGUUUGAGGUUACACUAAGCACAAUGGUGCUCGUGUUUGAACCUUUUCCGUAGAGCCGCUUGUGGCUGGAUUUACCUUCUGUUUUAGUGUAGUUUUACCUUUUCUAGUAUUGUAAGAACUCUGCAGACUCCCCCCCUGUUUGGGUUUCAGUGAAAUGAAACAAGGCAUCAUACAUUUUUACUCUGAU